UAGAGUGCUCGGGCACACCCGAUCAGAGACGUGUGACACCUGAUAGGGCGGCGGCCAUUGCGAUUUCAAGGUCGAUAUACUCGGAUUAUCCAGCCGAUUGAGGCAUCUUUGAAGUAGGGUUCUGCGUGAAGAUCUGCCGUUGUCUGUGUGUCGUCUAUCGGUGUAGAGGGCAGUGUUGUGGAGCACCUCCUGGGAUCUAUCCCAUUGUAAGCUGUCCAUGGAACGGUAUACCGUCUUCAAUGCUUCGAGCCUCUCCCAGUAACAAGGUCGUUGGUGGAGACUGAAUUAUGUGAAUGAUGGGGAAACGACGCUGUUGGAUAUCAGCAACACGUGUUUUAGGUAGGAGGUCGUUGUUGCUGCCGAUGUUUCUGCUGCUCGUGGUGACGUUAUUGUACUUCGCCACAAUGCUGCAAACGUCAGGCACCCAAACGUUUCGGGGGAACCUACCCGAGCACACGCGUCAGCCCACCGAACGUCAUGGGAGACAUGGCGGGGACGUCAUCAAACAGCUAGACUUGGUGAAUGUCAACCACAACGUUGCUGACAGACUUGUAGGUUUAUACAAGGAGAAGAUGAAAGUUCUGACGUCGCAGGGUCCAAAUUUCUUCCCUUCCACAAAGGAAACCUGCGCCGAAGAGAGUAGCAUAUUUCGACCUUGUCUGGAUGACACGUGUUCCGAUGACUUCCUUCACCCACCGGAAGAUAAUUUGCGUGAUCUGCUCCGUCGCCAAUACGUCUUUCCUGUAAAAUACAUGCAUGUGCUGCGAAAUCUGACUGACCAGUCAGUGGACGCGACCAGCGUGACCUUCCUGACGGCUGUGUCCGCUAGCAACUAUCUGGAGGUUCAGCCGCUCAUCAAGAACCUUGUGGAGGAGGUGUUCCCGAGUCAGCUGGACUUCCGGUUCUAUGUGUAUGACCUUGGCCUCAACGACAAACAGCGAUAUUCCUUCCAGAACCAUUGCCCCCAAUGCCAGCUGAGGAGCUUCCCCUUCUCUCAACUCCCGCCAGUCUUCUCAAACCUCAAGUCCUACGCCUGGAAGCCCGCUAUCUUGCAGGCUCAUCUCCCUGUGUCAGACUUCGUCAUCUGGGCCGAUCCUUCUGUCCGCUUCACAACUUCAAACCUCACGUCAGUUCUCGAGGAAGUACGAGAGCGGGGCAUGAUGGUCUCCAUGUCAUCCACCUCAACAGCCAUCCACACAGAUCCCCGGAUGUAUACCUACUUUGGAGUGACGCCUUGUCUCAUGUCCCGUUUCCGGGAGGUGGAGGGAGGCUUCUCAUUAUGGCACAACAGUUUCUACACCCAACACGCCAUCCUGUAUCCCUGGCUUGUCUGCGCCUUCUCCCCCCAAUUGUAUGUGCCCGUAUGGUACGACCCAACCGCUCUCUAGUGUGUAUGACUGUAGGAUGAAGAUCAGGACAUACGGCACGUGUCAUCGAUUUGACCAAUCAGCAAUGAGUACCAUUCUUUCAAAACUUUACGGGGACAAUGUGGGGUACUUUAUUGUGAGGAAAGGGCGAAUACACAAGUUUAACCUGCAUGAGAAAUUUCAAUAUUUGCCGGAAUAAAAUGUGAAGUGAU